CGGAGUAACUGUGAGAUCUGUAAAGGACAACUGAUUGAGACAACUAUGAGGGGGUAUUCUAAACCCCAGUCAUCACAUGGGCUAGAGAAAUUGCCAUUUGCAUCAUCUUAUUUGAUUGAUUCCAUUCUGAGCAAAGGUGUGAGUAAAGACACUGGGAUCAGCAGAGAAGUGGAUUCCAUGGGUUCAACAUCUCUCAAAGAGACUGAGAAUCAAUCCAACAAGUCCAAGCAGAUAUCAAUAACAGAUCAUAUUGCUCCUGCGGAGAACAAACACACUUUACAGCUACAAGAUACUAGGAAAGAGAUGACAGUAAAUACUAACAGAGGGACAGAGCUUGGCUCCAACAGAAACCAAACAGAGCAGCUGAAAGCACCAAGUUCAGGUGUACACUCAAGGAAGCAACGACGUUAUCGCACCACUUUUACUAACUUCCAGCUGGAACAACUGGAGAGGGCUUUCUGCAAAUCUCAUUAUCCAGACAUUUUUGCCAGAGAAGAACUGGCGACGCAUCUAACUUUAACAGAGGCAAGAGUCCAGGUUUGGUUUCAGAACCGCAGAGCCAAGUGGCGUAAGAACGGGAAGGCUGGAGUGUUGAGCUCCCUCCCUGGGUUACCUUUAACCAACUCCCUGGGUGUUUACCUGGAUGUCCCCUUGCGCCAGGCCUCUUUGGUGGAGCCAUCCUGGGGGGGAGCCCGAUACACAGCCCCAGUGUGUGCGCCUGACUCUGUGGGAACCCUGGGUAUUAGCACUCUGGCCUGGGCCUCACUGUGUGGACAUCCUUUUAUCAAUCCUAACUUCAGCAGGUUUUUAACCCUGUUAAAUCCAUUGGGUAACACUCCAACCCUGAUGACCAAACCUACCAGAAUAUCCCAGGUCAGCCCAGCCGCCGUGCUGGACAAUGACAGGAGGCUACUUAGCACUGGCCACAACAAGGAGCACUCUGUCCACAUGCAGUAGUCCAACACAUUGCGGGACAUUAUCCUGUCCACCUUGUCCAUGCCUGGUUACAAUUUGUGCAAUGUUUUGUUAACUGCAUGCGAGCGUAACAAGGUUAUGUUUCAAUGUUUGUGUUGUAUAAUUUACUGGACAGCAAAACGUCUUUCCUUAAAUAUUUUCGA